AUGGCUUCACAUGCAUCCACCGUCGUCUCCCUCCUCCUCCUCCUCGCUUGCCUUGCCACAUCGGCGGCAGCCUUCAACAUCACCAGGUUACUUGGCGAGUUCUCCAACUUCUCCACCUUCAACGACAUCCUCUCGCAGACGAAACUCGCCGAUGAGAUCAACCGUCGGCAGACCAUCACCGUGCUCGCCGUCGACAACGGCGCCGUGAGCACCAUCUCCUCUCUCCCCUCCGACGUCCAGCGGAAGGUGCUCUCCAUGCACGUCAUCCUCGACUACUACGACACGGCCAAGCUCGGGGCCAUCAAGAACAAGUCCGCCAUGCUGACCACGCUCUUCCAGUCCUCCGGCCAGGCCACCGACCGCAUGGGCUUCCUCAACUACACCAAGCGCGCCGACGGCGUCAUGGUGUUCGGCUCCGCGGAGCCCGGCGCGCAGGUGACGUCCCAGAUGGUGAAGUCCAUUGCCUCCCGCCCGUACAACAUCUCCGUGCUGCAGGUCAGCGCCGCCAUCGUGCCGCCCGGCGUCGGCUCCGCGGACAACAGAAAGGCCCGCGCCCCGUCGCCAACCCCGGCUAAGGCCACGACACCAGGGCCGGCGCCGGCGCCAUCAAAGGGCAGGAAGGCAGCUCCGCCGUCCAAGGAUGAGGCCCCCGCUCCGGCCCCGUUCGACGACACCAGUGCCGACGCACCUGCCGAUGCGCCUGGCCCGGCGAACGGCCCAGCGGCGGACUCGCCCAUUGCGGAUGGCCCGGAGGCGGCCGACGCACCGGCGCAUGAGAAGAGCAGCGACGACGCCGCGGACGCGCCUGAGGUGUCCGCCGACGGCAGGGUGGUUGCCAGUGCUGGUCUUGGAAUCGUGGCGCUUCUGACGAUGAUCAUUUGA